UUUCAUCGCAAUUUGCAAAUUUUCAGUACAUUUUAGUUUGAUAAAACGCGAGUUGUGUGGAUGUGUAGCUAAAGUGUCGAAAAAUUAAAGUCGGAAGUAAAUUAAAUCGAUAAUAGUAAUCGUGUAGUGAAAUACAUUUUUGGUGUGAUUGUGCGGUUUGGUUAAGAUCAAUGAGUGAAACAAAACAAUUAUUGUGUGCCAGUGUAAGCGUAUCACCAAAUACUCGUAGCUUCAGCUUAUUAUGUGUCAGUGGUAAAAAUUAAAAAAGUGGCGGACAAAAUGGGGCAAAGUCCGAGCUCUGUAAGGAGUAAGGGCAGUCGGAGAUCCUUUCGCGUUUUCGUGCGGCGGUCGAAGCACAACAAGUCGAGUUUGAGCCACACGUUCAGUCUCCCGCCUUCAGAGGAGUACCCCGAGCUGAUGAACGUGAACACGGCCACGGAGGAGCAGUUGAUGACCCUGCCGGGGGUGAACAGGCAGCUAGCGCGGGAAAUCGUCCGCCAUCGACAGAUGAUCGGACGCUACAAGAGGGUUGAUGAUUUGGCCUUAGUAUCAGGCAUAGGAGCCGACAAGUUGGAGCUGCUGAGACCGGAAAUAUGCACAAACACAAAAAAGCAAAUAUCCCGAGCUAGUUCCUGUACAUACUCAUUAGAUAGCUUCAGAUUGCCGACAGAAAAUAAAUUAUGCUCGGUUAAUUCAUCUAGUGUUUUCCAAUUACAAUGCGUCCCUGGCCUUAAUCAAGAAAUAGCUGCUAAUAUUGUCGAUUACCGCAACAAAAAAGGGCCGUUCAAGUCGCUAGAUGAUUUGAUUAAAGUGCGAGGAAUAGAUAUCGUGAGACUGAGCACCGUCAAGCCGCAUCUGAGUUUGGAGCCCAGGAAAUGCGAGAGUGUGCAGCAGUUGGUGAACGGUAACGGACUCUUAGCGAAUGGAUGGAGCGACCAGUCCAAAGAUUCGCAGUCGAACGAGAGUAAGCCGAGGACGCCCCAUAAAAAGAGCUCGUCGAUGCCGCCAAAGUUUCCCAUAACGUUGCCAAACGGCUUCGCGACGGCUCCAGUGAACGAUAUAUUGGACUUGCUAUCCGCGUACUCCCAUAGGCCGAUAGUUGAGGAGGUGUUUUUGUACGAGAGGUAUGGAACACGAUGCUGUCGGAUCGCGUCGUGGAAUCUGCACCAGCUGAACAAGGACAAAAUAACCAACCCGGGCGUGAGGGAGGUGGUCUGCAGAACUAUGUUAGAAUAUAGGAUAACAAUACUGGCCAUCCAGGAUGUGCUGGAUGAAGAGGCGCUGAAGAUGAUCUGCGACGAGCUGAACGCGCCCACCCUGCGCCGGGUGAAGGAGUACAAGAGCAUGUCGCACUCCUGGCUGUACUGCGUGCUUCGGCAGACCAAUAACCUGGGCUUCAUAUUCGAGUCGUCGAACAAGCACAUCUUCAUGGAUCCGCUGGCGCUGGAGCAGGUGGAGGAGGUGACGGGGCGCGGCAUAGGCUUGCUGGGGGAGGCGCUCUGCGACGUCGUCAGCGACGACCUCACGAUAUAUCCCCAGGCGUUCCUGAUCUGCGAGCACCCUAUAGUCCUAGUCAACGUGUACUGUAAAGUGGCGACGCUGAGCGAGCGGGACAGCGAGAGACUGAGGGAGAUAGCGGAUGCGGCGGCGCGGUGUAAAGUACAGCUCGCCUUCGUAGGAGAGUUCGUGCGGUGGGAGAACGUUAGACCGCUGGACAACUGCGAGUCUCUUCUCAGCGAGGACGUGAUCACAACGGUGGAUUCGACCACGACGGGGCGGACCGCCAUCUUGAGCGCGGGGGCCCAGUUCAACGGGCACACCGGGGUCGUCCGCUCGGGGCUCUGCCACCUGGGGAUCCCCCGCGGCUGGUCGUGGGGCGGCCCCGCGUCCCCGCACUGCCCCGUCUACGCCGAGCUCAAUGUGCCCGAUUGACGAAUCGCAUCAGGAGGUUGGUACUACUCAGUCGCGCUGGAGCGGUGCUCGCGCGUGCUGGCGGUCACGCAGAUCCUGUACUGGUUUAUGCUGAU